CUGUGUGCGGAGAUGCAGCCAGCUCUGCCCCGCUGCUGCGGUCCACGCCCAUUAAAACAAAUGUUAGACACGGAACAAGGAAGUUAUGCACCUGUUGCUGCUGCCGCUUUCCUUUUAGCCUACCUUUCAACACCUUCUGCGGCCUCGAUAAUUACUGAUCUUUUUAAAUAGGUGUUGUGAAGCCCCAUCAUGGCAGAAGCUGAGGAGGAAGGAGUGCCAAGUGAGGAACAGCAGCAUCAGCUCAGCUCUUCUUCCGGCGGCCCGGGGGACACCCAGCCCGCUGCCCGCACAGAGGACACCCAGCCCGCUGCCCGCACAGAGGACACCCAGCCCGCUGCCCGCACAGAGGACACCCAGCCCGCUGCCCGCACAGAGCACACCCAGCCUGCGCAGGGCGGACCGGCCCGCUCCCAGCAUAGCGCCAUCUCUGUGGAGCCAUCUCCGGACCAGUUUAAGCUCAGGAGGUUCUUCGUGUUGAGGCCUGGCACUCUGAAUCAGGCCAUCAAAGACGUUGAAGCUCUGGUGGAUAAAGACGUUGAUGGCAACGUUCACAGCGUUUGGCUGAUGGCAGAGGUGGACCACUGGAACAAUGAAAAAGAGCGUCUUGUUCUCAUCACAGACAGCUCUCUCCUCGUCUUCAAGUACGACUUUGUCAUGUUCACCUGUGAGCAAAUACAGAGGAUCCCACUGAACUUUGUGGACCGCAUCUCUUAUGGCACCUUCACCUACCCAAAGCGCUCCCUGCUUCAGAGAGAGGGGGAGGGGGUGCGAGUCUUCUGGGACCGGCUGAGAGAGCCCUCCUUUAUCUCCAGGUGGAACCCCUUCACCACUGACUUCCCCUUCAUCACCUUCACCUACCACCCUGUGAGGAACAUCAGUGACACAUUCGCUGCUCUCUGCGACAUCCAGAACUUUCGUGAACAGCUCAAGGAUGCAGCGCAGAAAGUCCACGCCAUAAAGCCAGUUCCUGGGAAGGCCAAUGGCGUCCUGGUCCUUAAUCAGCACAUUCACAUCGAGGCUUACGUGGGCCUCAUGUCUUUCCUCGGGAACCAGAACAAACUGGGAUACUGCAUGGCUCGAGGAAACAUUGGCUUCUAACUCUUCUGCAUUUAUAUAAUACUUUAGUUGUUCUUCAAAACGUUUCUAUAAUUUAUGAGUCUUGAAUUCAUGUUGAUAAGUAGCGUUUACAGAGAGUUCAUUCAAAUUCACCAAAGAUUUUUCCAUAUUUAGGUUUGCUUGUGUGUCACAAGCUUGGAUUCUCAGGAUGUUCUGUAUGAGGUUUAAACUGUGUGUUCUCCCCCACUGCUUAUUACCAGUGUGUGCUGUCUGAAUACUCAGAAAUAUCCACAUUUCAACACCGCUCUUCACUGGAUGACUGAUCCCCCGCUGCUCUCAAGGAGCUUUGUAUUUGCUCCUCAGUGAUAUGGUAAUUCAACUCUUUCGCAAUGGGACUCCUUUCUUCCUCCCCCGGUGUCUCUGUUAAAAGCUCAUUCCCAUACCAUUCUGCCCCUCAGAGAUUCACUGGAGCAUGGGGGCACAUUUGUCAGUUUAGUUUCAUCAUUAGUGUAUUUUUACAGUGCAUACAGUGUUGGAAUUUCCCCUUGAUUUGUGUGUUUUAGUGUGUGUCGCUUUGCCUUGUUUGGUACUAUCUGUUUGUCUUGUGAGCCUGUCACAGACGAGAAAGUACAGGCUUACAUAUUUUGUUCUCUUUUCCUUUUUAGUGGUAUAAAAUAUGCAAAUUUUUCAUGCAGAUUCCUAUGCACUCUUUUUGUUUAGUGCAGUUUAUUAGUGAAUUAUCACCUUGGACCUUGUCCAUACUAAAUCAGAAUUCAUGUUUGCUGAAAGAUAAACCUAGUGAUGACAAUUGACAUGUCAGCAAUGCCACAACUUUUGAUGUCCUGUUGUUGCUGCAGUAAAUGAGUAAUAUUAUCACACAUUUAAAGUUAUUAUAUAAUGAAAUGAAUGAUUUCAGUCCUAUUUGAUUUAGUGAUACCUGUGCUUACUGUUGGUAUUAGCAAGUGCAGUUUAAUGCUAUAGUAAACACCUCUUGAGCAGCUGCUUCAGAAAUACAACAGAAGAGCAACUGGUAUAUCUGUUUACAGAGCAGCCAAACAAACUCACAUUGUUUUUAAAGAAGUUGAACAAUAAGGAUUGAAACCAUAAUCUGAUUUAAUGCUGCCCACAGUGCAAGUAGUUUUCAAAAAAUGACCAUGUCUUUAUUUGCCCCGGUGACUGCACACGACACCCAACUCUUCUCGUUACCAUUAGUCGCAUGUCUCCCAUUUUGGUAGAGGCCAACAGCCUCCCCCGCACCUCACUCUGUGCCAAGCUAGCACGUCCUGGACCAGUCUACCCGCUGAACGCACAGAGACCAAACUGACAUUAACCUGCCAUCAAACUCCCAGUAAGACAGAGUAACAAGCGGACUCCCAAAUGUCAAAGUAAUGGAGCGUUACUGGGAUUAGUAACUGUAAUGUAAUUACUGAAUUUUAAAUUGUAAUCCCUUAUGCUACUAGUUACUGAAAAAGUAAUCCCAUUACUGUAACUCGUUACUAAAUAAUGCAUUACUGCCCAACACUGAAAGAGGAGGGAACAGUAAACACUGAGGCUGAUAUCAAUGAGAUCAAAUCAAAAACCGCAACGCUGGAUUGCAUGGAUGCAUUGUUUCCUUUAAAUCACUUGUGCAUAGAUAGGUUAUUAACAAUGAAAACUACUACAUAGAGAGCUGAUUACAUAAUUUAAAUACAUUUAAUGGAUAUUGCUGAAGAAAAGCCUGCCAUAAAUAGUAGCAAAAACAAUAUAUUUAUAGGAUUAUACCUUUGAAACUUCAAAAGUGCAGUUGUACACUGGUAAAAUAUAGUUUUGUUCACAAAUUACACAUCCAUUCCUGAGUGACAAAUACAAGUGAAUGCAGACAAUCUAAGGUUUUCUCUUCAGGAAACAAGGUUAAGUAGCGAGCGUCCCCGGAAUACACACACCUGUUAUACCACAAGGUAAAGUAUAUGGUUAAGUUCAGCACCUUUAGUAUCAUUUAUCAUAACCUUAGGGUUUGAAGGGGUUAACAUGUUAACCCCAACAUGAGGACGUGUCUCUAAUCCUGGAUCAAGUGUUGCUCUGCCCUGGAGCGAAGCACCUCAUCCAUAUUUCUGCUCUUCAGGUUGUUAAAGAUGUUCAGAAAACUGGAUUAACUGCCAGAUAAAUGAGCAUCCAUAAAGUUAUGUAGCUUGGCCCCUCAAGAAAACUUAAGCAAAGUUUUACAUUAAGGUCACCUGAUGAUUCAAAGGGGGUGACAUUGUGUAUUUAUUUUGUUUGGUUUCCAUGGAUUACAUUUGUACCUGUAAUCAUUUUAUUCUUUAAUUGUGAUGACAUUAUCUUUGCUGCAGGUAAAGUAGUUAACAAAAACAUUGAGCAGUAUCAUGACAGUGAAGGCUUCAAAGACAUGUCAUGUCACAAAUCAUUAGAAAUAAUGAGGGACUUCCUAAGAAGUAAUGUUUGUGAUUAUGUUGUUUGCUGUUCAGAUGAUGCAGUUUACAUGUUCUGUCACGUUUGAAUUGAACUUUAAUGGAGUCCCAAUCUGCCCCUUUACUCUUGUUUUCUGUCAACCUAUAUUUUCGUAACAGUUAAGAGCAUCAUUCACUUGGCUGACAUCUAGAUGUGAUGUGCUCUUAAUGCCAGGCUAUAGAAUGAAUAUGGGCCAGUGUGUGCACAGAUGUGCGUUCAGGAGACAGGAGGGAGCAUGGGUGUGUUGUGUGUGAUCCAUCUCUGUCCUCAGAUGCUCUUUUUUUCGUUAGAGAUCAUUAUGUUCAGCCCUCGAGGUAUUUCAUCUGAAUUAAAGCUCUGAUUUGCUCUCAA